GGGUAAGCCUAUCCCUCAGCCAACAGGACACCUUUGAGGACCUUUUCAAGUUGGGUCGCAAAGGUGAAGUUGGCACUCAAAGCUGAACAAAGAGCACGGGGCACAAGUCACAAAGUCUAUCCUUGUAAAAGGCAAUCCAAAGAGCAGGGAAAGCAGGGACCGAGUUCCCUGAAUCCCACGUGCCAAGAUGAAAUUUACAAAAAGUAAGGAAGAGGAGCCCACUGCUCCUGGGCAAGUGGCCAUUAAGAAGCGAUCUAAAGUCCCAGGAGUAAUGAUCACACAGUUUGUGGAGGAAAUCCCAGCAGGAAAAAGUCAUCCAGACUUCUCCCGCAAACCCAUCGCCUUGACUAUUCAAGAAGGAAAGCUUGCCGUUUUCAAAGCCAUCAUCACUGGAAGUCCCACACCAACUGUGACAUGGGCUCGAAACAAUGGAGAUGUAUCUGAUCCUGAAAGAUAUGUUGUUUCAUAUGAUCCAGUCUUAGGAGAACAUCAAUUACAGAUGCCCAAUGUUGGAGUUGAUCAAGCCGACACAUAUAAAUGUUAUGCAAAUAAUGAAUAUGGACGUGCUUCAGUCACAGUCACACUCAAUGUGAUUGAAGUUGGGUUCAAGAAGAGCAAAGCAAUGCAGGAAGCACGAUUAGACCAACGAGAGAAAGCAGCAGCCGAUUUAAAAAGGACCCUGAGGACCCGAGCUGAACAAAAGGAGGAGAGGAAAGAUGGAGAGGUUGAUGAGAAAUUUUGGGAACUGUUGCUGAGCGCUGAUAAGAAAGAUUACGAGCGCAUCUGUGCUGAAUACGGGGUGACGGACUUUCGCUGGAUGUUGAAGAAACUGAACGAGAAGAAAAAGGAAAUAGAGGAGCAGCAGUCGCAGUACAUUGAACACCUAAACAACCUGAGACAUAUUGAAAUCAAGACACCCGGAUGUGCCGAAUUUGAAUUUGAGAUGGAUCUCAAAGACCCCAAUGCCAGAAUCUUCCUCCUCAAGGAUGGUGUUAUGGUUCCAUUUAACACUGAUACAGAUGAGAAGCAUUCUUUGCGUCAAGUCGGCAGGAAAUUCAUCUUUAGCGUACAUGGUCUAAAUGCAGAAGAUGCUGGACUGUAUCAAGUCGAUAUUGAGGGGGUCAAUGUCUUCUCAACUGACUUUAAAAUUCCAGCGGUAGACUUCUUGGUAAAGAUUCAGGAAGUGAAGGCUGUGGAAAGAGAGGAUGCCGUGUUUGAGUGUGUCUUAUCUGCUCCGCUCCCGAAGAUCUCUUGGCUAGGCAAGAACGUCGCCCUGGAACAGGGUGAAAAGUAUGACAUCUCUGUCUCUGAGGACAUGCUAAUCCAUAGACUGGUGGUGAAGGACUGUAUGCAAGUGGACAAAGGCAUCUACGCAGCUGUGGCUGGAAUGAAGUCUUGUAACGCCUGGCUGAUAGUGGAGGCUGACCCAGAUCCGAACCAGAGGGGCAAGAAGGGAGCACGCAAAACCACUCAAGCAGGAGGUGGAGGCACAGACCUGAUCAGGAUCGCGGCAGAGCAGCAGGAGAAGCUGCAGAAGGAGCGAGAGGAGAGGAUAGAGCAGCUGAAACAGAUUCAGGCUGAAAAAGCUGCUGCCAUUGAGGAAGAGAAACCAGCAGAAGAAGAAAAAACAGCUGAGGAAGAUACUGCUGCCCCAGAACCGCCAAAACCAAAGGCUAAACCUAAACCCAAACCCAAGCCUAAACCAGAAACCAAAACAGACUCUGAAGGCAAAGAAGAAGAGCCUGAACCUGAGCCAGAGAUGGAGGAGGAACAACCAGAAUCAGAGAAAGCUGCUCCACCACCACCAGAGGCACCCAGUGAGGAGCCAAGGAAGAGAGUGAGAACUGGGCCUUUGGUCCCAGACACCAUUGUUGAUCCAGGAGUUCACUUCACCAGUGGACUGUCAGAUGUCCAUGCCAUCAUUGGUCAGUCAGCAGAAAUGGUGUGCAAACUUAGUAGUGAAAAGUGUGAUGGCAUUUGGUAUAAAGAUGGAAAAGAGAUAACAGCCACAGACAAACUAAAGAUCGUCAAAGAUGGCGCAGUCCAUAAACUAAUUGUAUCAAACUGCACAGAGGAUGACAGUGGAAAGUACCGCUUUGAGGCAGAUGGACGUAAAACUGAGGCGAUGUUGGUCGUGGAAGACCCACCAAGGAUCAAUCAAGAUGACUUGGCUAAAUUCGCAGAGCCUGUGAUAAUCAAGGUUGGCCAAAAUGCAACUUUCAAAAUGGACUUUGUAGGUCGCGAGCCAAUGAAAGUGCAGUGGUACAAUGAGGGUGAAGAGAUGCUUGAGGAUAAUCACAUCAGGAUUGAGAAGUCAGAUAGUCACAGUCGCCUUCUACUUGUGAAAUGUCAACGCAAAGACAGUGGAGAAAUAAAGCUGAAGCUCAAAAAUGAGUUUGGAACCAUUGAGGCCCUUUCAAGACUCAUCGUUCUAGAUAAACCCACCAACCCAAUGGGACCUGCUGAAGUAUUAGAAGCCUCAGCAUCUUGUGUGGAGUUCAAGUGGAGAUCCCCAAAGGACGAUGGCGGUUCUCCUAUAAAAAACUACUAUAUUGAGCGUAAUCAGAUUGGACGCAACACCUGGACGAAGAUUGGAAAUAUCCCUAGAGAGCCCCAUUACAAGGACACUGAUGUGGACCAUGGGAGGAGGUACUGCUAUCGCAUCAGGGCCGUGACUGCAGAGGGUACCAGUGAUGUUUUUGAGACAAAUGACAUCCAGGCUGGCACCAAAGCAUAUCCUGGACCACCAUCUACACCCAAAGUGGUCAGUGCCUUUAAGAACUGCAUCACUUUGGCAUGGUCACCUCCCACCAACACUGGUGGAACCAACAUUGUUGGCUACAAUAUAGAGAAACGCAAACAGGGCAGCAACAUAUGGGGUCAAGUGAACCUCCCUGAUGAGCCAAUCAAAGGCAAACAGUAUGAUGUGAAAGAUGUUAUUGAAGGAAUGGAAUAUGAAUUCCGUGUGUCAGCCAUCAACCUUUCUGGUGCUGGAGAACCAAGCACACCCUCUGAAUUUGUGAUAGCCAGAGAUCCAAAAAAACCCCCUGGUAAAGUCAUUGACCUGAAAGUCACAGAUUCCACCUAUACCUCUUUGUCUUUGAGUUGGACUAAACCGAAGGAGGAGGAAGGUGUCCAGGAUGAAGCUAAAGGUUAUUUUGUGGAAUUAAGACCAGCUGAGAACACAGAAUGGGGUCGCUGCAACUCAAACCCGCUCAUUGCAACUUCCUAUACAAUUCUUGGCCUCAAGUCUAUGGCUAUGUACUGGGUCCGAGUGGUUGCAACCAACGAAGGAGGUGAUGGGGAACCCCGAGAUCUGGACAACUACAUCAUUGCCAUGCCUCCACCAGUAAGGCCAAAUUUCACCAAUCGCAAAAUGAAGAGCUUUAUGGUUGUGAGAGCUGAAAAUUCUGCUCGGGUCAACAUAAAUUUUGAGGCAUCCCCAAUGCCAACUAUAAUCUGGCUGAAAGAUGGAAUGCCUGUGUCCAAACGUGUAACUGUGAGCAAUACAGAUGGGAUGUCCCAGCUCCUGAUUCCCAGUGCCGAGCGUUCUGACAGCGGGAUCUACACCAUCAUAGUCAAGAACAUAGUGGGUCAGGAGAUGUUCAGUGUUGAGAUCAGAGUGACGGAUGAUCCAAAGCCACCUGGCCCAGUGUGGCUGGAAGAAAAUGUCCCUGGCACAUUGACUGUUUCUUGGGAACCAUCUCCUGAUGAGAAACGAGAUGAUCACUUGCACUAUAUGGUGAUGAAACGGGACUCCAUCAAACACACCUGGCAUACAGUCGCUGACCGCUUGUUCAACAACAACUUUACAGCAGUCAACAUCAUGCCUGGAAGGGAAUAUAACUUCCGUGUGUAUGCCAAAAAUGACAUAGGCCUCUCAGAACCAUCUGAGUCCCUGACAUGGGGCAUUGUAAAGAAGAAAGAAAAGUUCAGUCUCAACUUAGCCCCAUCCAAACCUUGCAACUUGGACUCUGCUCCCAUUUUCACAGUUCCCCUGAAGAUGCACGCUACCCCGGAGAAAUAUGAGUGCUACAUGAGCUGUGCAGUGAGAGGUGACCCCAUACCUCAUGUCACAUGGUACCACAACAAUGUCAGCCUCAACACUGACACCAACUACUACAUCACUAACACCUGUGGAGUGUGCUCCAUGCUCAUCUUGAGAGUCAGUGCCAAAGACAACGGAGAAUACAAAGUAGUGGCAGAAAACUCUUUAGGCCAUGCUGAGUGCAGCACACAGCUGACAAUCUUAGAGUGAAAUAUCUGUGUGACAUCUGGAAGACUCCUCUGACUCAUCUUCAGUUUAUAAAUGUAAACAUAAUUGAGCUUGGCAUUUACCUGUAUUAAUGUCAGCUGCACAUGUUUGACUUUGUUUUGAGUCAAGUACAGUAUUUUGUUUGUUUCAAAUCAUUUAUGCUACUUGUUUUGUCAUUUGAUCAUUGUAUUUCCUUGUCUGUUAUUUGCCAUCAUUGACUGCCAUCACUAAUAAAAAACAGUGAAUUAAAUGUAUCUAUUCCCACAAAUUUACUGUUGAUAAAACUGUAUAAAGCCACAUUUGUGACAAAUAUUUGUCUUCAAAUUUAUCUAAUACUAUUAUGUUGUACGUGACCCCACUAGGGCAAAGGUUAUAAACACUUAAACGUGACAACAAGUAACAUUUGCUCUUAAUAGCUAGUAAACCUGCUUGCAAAUGUCAGUGCUGUGCAAUAACUUUCCCUGUAAAUAUUUGAAGCUAGCCAUAAACCAUGAUCAUAAAAAAAUCCCUCCAACCUCCAACCAGUGAAGAUUGUUGAAAUCUCCCCAAAGGUAAAAGCAUUUCCAAAAUCAGUACAAAAUAUGUUACUCUGAGGCAUUUUCAAAUAAAUGUCACCAAAUGCAAGGGGAAAAAAAGGCAUAAAAGUGUUUUAUUUUUCAUAGACCUGGCCUUGGUUCUUGCUUUAUAGCUUUCCAUUAUUAACUUUCCCCUACAGGGACGAAAGUGUGUGCUGGUAGUAAAUGGGAAAUGCAUAUAAACCUGGUGGCAGAUGUCUGGGUUAGCAUGUACUGGGGUCAGAGAGGGACUAAGUCAGUGGACAGAUGGCAGUGCCUCUGCAGACAGGGAGUGGCCACUCGUAGUUUGAAGAACUCUAAGAGCACAUAUAUGUGAAAAUCUGUCAGCAUGCAACAAGAAGAAAGCAUUCACAAUCUAGUGCUAUUAUGUCAAAUGAAAGUAUUGCCUGUCCCUAACAUUAUUUACUGCUGAAUCUGGAGCUUGACGGGGCAAUAAAUGCUUUCAAAGACAUACUAGGCCUGACCAAGCACUAAAACGAAUACUACCCUUCCUAAAAUAUCUGUCCUUCCAACUGCGUAUGCACAAUAUGUACAUAUUAAAGUGUUUAUUAAAAACAAAUGGAAAUAAUUCUUCAAAAUAAUUGCAGGACAAAUGAACCUUGUCACGUGGGUUCUGGCUAUUAUUUGUAAAUGGAUAAACAACACACAACAGAUAACGGUAGCCAAUGGUUCAG